AUGUAUGUUUUAAUGGAACAUUCGGGUAGGCUUCACUCACCUCCACCCGAUCGUCGUCAUCAUCAUCAUCCUAAAGCUGUUUUACGUGCUCGUGCACAUAAACAUCAAUCGCCUCCACCUUUAGAAGGACAACAACAGCAACAACAAAAGUCUCCUCUUAAAAAUGUUAAAUGUCAAUCAUUAGAUAAUGAAAUAUUAAAAGAAAGGGAGGAAGAAGAGGAUAUAAGCAAGUUUAAACAAUUUGUUUCUAAAAUAGCAGAAGAAAAUAAAAAACAACAGCAACAACAAAAACAUUUGGCAAAUGAAAGAAAAUUGUCAACACCAACAACAUCAAAACAUUUAAAUAAACAUGCUCAGCAAAACAAUUUACCAGCUUGUUUUGCUUCAAGUUUUGCUUCAACUUUAAAUAAUGCUAAUAACACCAAUGAUUAUUCCCAACUUCCUCCACCUAUUAGAUAUCGCUUCCACCCUCACCUUUUAGCAAAAGAAGAAAAACAUCCUCCAUAUCAAUGGAAAGAAAAUAAUUUUAUUAAUAAUUCUAUGCUUUUAAAUAAUAAUUCUCAACAAUGCUUCAUUCCCCGCUCAACACAGUUGAUAAAUCGACAAGUUAUGCUUCACGGCAACAAUAAAGUUGGGCCAAUUAAUGAGGUUUAUGAAGAAGUGAAGCAAUUAAAAAGUGAUGGAAAGGUGAAGCAACAAGAGGAAUUGUUUCAAAAUAAAGAAGAUUCGAAGAUAGAAGCAAAGAAAUUGAAGCAAGAAAUUAAAAUAUUGAAAGAAUUGAAAUUGAAGCAAGAAAAGGAUGUGAAGCAAAAUAAAAAGCAAGAUAAGAAUUUGAAGCAAUAUGAGAGGCUAGAAAAGGAUGAUAAUUUAGUAAAUUUGGAUCAAAAUGAGAUGAAAAAUAACGAAAAGCAAAAUAUAAAAGUGAAGAAAAAUAAAAAGGAUUUGAAACAAGAAGUGAAGCAAGAGGAAGAAUUAAAGCAAAAUUUGAAGCAGAAUAUGGAAAUGAAGCAGAAUAAUAAUAAUAUGAAACAAGGUGUUGAAUUAUUGGAAAAUUUUAAGAAGGAUAAAAAAGAAGAUUUGAAGCAGGAGGAGAAAUCGAAGCAAAACAUUAGGCAGGAAUUAAAGCGGAAAUUGAAACAAGAAGUGAAGCAAGAAAUAGAUCAAGAUAAAGAUAGCAGCAAUUUUAGCAGCAACAUGAAGCAACAAAAGAAGCGCCUUUCUAUCCAAACAAAUUAUCAAAAUUCUUUACGUAGAAGUUUAUCACAGUCCCGAUGCUGUUCAUCUUCAAUAACUUCAAAUAAUCAACAACAACAAAAAGCUGAUAAUUUUUUAAAAUUUAUGAGUAGAUCGAAAACAUCAACGAAUUUAGCUACAAAUUUGGCAUCAAAUCGAAGUAGAGAAUCAAGUAUAUCUUCACUUUCUUGGCAUCGUUUAAUUCGUGGAAAAUCACCAAAAAACAACAUAAACAACAAUAAUUCUUCUUCAUAUUAUUCACCAAAAAUUUUAAAUAAAACCAAAAAUAAAAAUAAUAAUUUUGAUGCUUUUUUAAAUAUUUUUAAUGCUACAGAAAAUUUAAAAUUUGUCGAAAAAUGUUGGGAAAGAAAAAAUAAUAAUAAUAAUCUUUCUUCAAAUAAUCAAAAAUUAGAAGAAAAUUCAUUUAUACGAGUUCAACGUGAAUUAAAAUGUAUAGAAGAACGUAGAGCUUUAAUUUUGGGAAGAAGAAAGGGGUACCGAAAAAAUAUUUGUGUCGCUGACCUAAUUGGAGUUGAAAAUUUGUUGUUAAAUAAAAAAUUGUUAAAAGAACAAGAGCAACAAAUUAAUAAUGAAACUGAUUAUUUAAUAUUACAGAAACCAAAACAAAGGGAAUUGGAGGAAUAUUAUAAUGAUGAUGAUGCUGAAUUGGAAGUCAUGGCAAACAUUGUAGACGCUAAUGCCCCUCGUCCUUCAGGCCAAUUAAUUACACCUUGUAGGGCUGAUUUUCCUGGAUGUGCAACACCCCCUCCUUUACCUCGUUCAAUUGAAACUGCACCUCAUAAAUGGGCAAAUACACAACCUAAGGCAAUAGCUGCUGUACAAUUAGAUGCAAAUAAUAAUUCUUCAAAACCUUCAAACAAUUUAACUUAUGCUAAACUUCUUAGCCGUGCUGUUAAAAUAGCUUAUACUUUGCUAAAUAAAAUUGUUGUUAUUCCUUCGACUUCUGGCUCUGGUGGAAAGGAACGUGUUCAUUUGUGUUUACCUGGAGAUCGUGUGGCCUUGGUUUAUCCAAAUAAUGAAGCUCCAGCAUUUCUUUGUGCUUUUUAUGGAUGCCUGUUGGCAGGUGUUGUUCCUGUGCCUAUUGAAGUGCCAACAGCUAAACGAAGCGAUACUGCCGGGAUUCAACAAUUUGGAUUUUUGCUGGGAAGUUGUGGUUUGUGA